GGUCUCUCUCGGCCACCGUUUUCUUUGGUUGGGGUGCUAUAAAAGCCACUGGCCACAGAAGCUACCAGUUGCAGUCAGUUUUUGGAUUAACCAGCACCACAUCUACCCAAGACACAAGCAAUAAUCAUGAAGUACCUCGCCUUGACCCUUUUUGUGUGCCUGGUGGCCCUUGCUCUGGUGCACGCAGUGCCCGUGGAUGAGUCCCUCAUCGGGGAUAAUAUCUAUCAGCCGGCCUUUGACGAUGUGCAGCGUCCCCAGGACCCGCAGGCCAUCUUCAAGCUGAAGAAGCUGCUCAAGCUGAAGAAACUGUUGGGCUAGGCACGAUGUGGCCAGUGCCAUCAGUUCAGCUUUCAUUCUAGUCCAUAAAACAAAACCUCCAACCGCAUUCAAUCCACAAUUAUGCUGCUGCACUUAACAACGUUUAAUCCGUUUUACCUAUAGAUAAUGCCAUAAUAUCCAUACAACACACCACAGCCCACAAGUAGAGUUAUGCGUAAU